AUGACGCCAACGCAUCCCACCAUCGCUCAUGAGCGUGGUGGUCAGAGUAGCAGCGCGGUCCGCUCUAUUACGCCGGCAGUGCCGACGACGCCGCUCGGGCGAGGAGCCGCCACCUUUGUCCGAUCCGGCGAACAGGCGCCACCGCAGCUCCUCGUACACCCUGCCGCCCUGACCGCUCUCGAGGCGGAUACCGACUCUGCGGGCGCUGCCGCGGCUCUCGACGGAGAACGUUCUGGGCGAAGACAGGGCCCCCUGCGCACAGGUCCAAGUGAGCCAGUCAGCGCGAGGGUCUUCUCUGUGACGCCGAGCAGAAGUACUGGCGUCGCAUCUGCUCUCUUGAAUUCAGCGGCGAACGGCUUUCUCGGCGCCGCUGCCAGCGGUGGGACUGCCGGUGCGACCCUCUCCAACUACUCCGGCAAGUCAUUCGGUGGCGUCAGCACUAGAAACCAGAACCGCUGCUCUCACUGCAAGGUGGCAGAGGAGGUGCUGUACCGCUGCCCGUGCGGCCUCGCCCGCUACUGCUGCACCACCUGCCAACAGGCGCACUGGCCCUUUCACGAAGCGGUCUGCUGCCACGCCGUGCGCGCCCUUCGGCCGCCGACGCGGCAUUGCGAUUGGUGCCGCACGCCUUCGCAGACUCUGCGUCAGUGCGGGUGUGGCUUUGCCUACUACUGCGACAUGCACUGCCAACGCGCAGAUUGGCCGUACCAUUGCAUCGUCUGUAGCACUGAGACCAGCACGGCACUGGCAACCGCACUCGUGGGUGGGCGAGCGCUGCGCGCAAGGCACGAGGCCGCCACGCAGACGGCGCACUGGCAGAUCAGCGUUCCUGUGAUCCGCCCUACUGGGCGAGGCGACGGCACCACGGCGGCAGAAAAUGCGACUGGAAUGAGCGUCCAUCUUCACGCGACCCUUCGUGAGCGGCACAGCCGAUCAGACAGCGACGGCGAGGACAACGCCUUCUCCGGCUCGUGCACGCGGGCAUCGCUCGCGGCUGCCUCGGAUGCCGAAGCGACGCCGCCAAAGUCGCCUCGCCGGUGCUCCCACGUUCGCGCAACGUCGGAGCACGGGUCGCAGGUGGGAGUGAAUAGCGGAUCUGGUGCCUUCGCGGCGUUCCACCAGAGCCGUGAGACGCCUGUGCAUGCGUCAAGCUACGCUGAUCCAGGAGGCCGCACACCAACUUCUACCCAACCUGCCAUCGCUGGGGGUGACAUGGGCGCUGGCCAGUAUGGCGUGUGGUUCGCCGGGGUGAACUCGCGCAGCACGCUCAGCCACCAUCACGCUACCGGGACGCUCUACAAAAGCCGGCACAUCAACACAAGUGCAGCGCAGCAGCACCGGCACAAUCCAUUACGGGAAGGUUCCCGCGCCGGGGGGUCGCAGUCGCCGCGGCUCAGCCAGGCUGGAGAACCCGAUCACGGAGCUGCUGGCGCCUCCCUCCAAAACCAACACCACCAAUCCUCUCUGUUGACCGAUCACCACAGCCACGCGGGUCCCGCCAGCCAGUCAGAGCUCUUCCACGGGAGCCUUUCCGCCGUGGCCGGUCCCGCCAUCCGAGAUCAGCCAGGCGUGGUCACAUUUCUAGUCGCAUCACGCCAUAUUGUUGAGAGGGAGGAGGUCAGCGCACGGGCGGCGCUCUUCCGCAAGUUUCGGCUGGGCUGCGCCGGGCUUCAGAUGCGUGUGCUCGGCAAGAGGGAAGAGGAGGAACGCAUGGCCAUCUUGAAGGACGAGGUCCUUUGGUGCGUCCUGACAGGCCAUCCUGCGUGGAAGAAGCUGAUGCAUGAGCUGCAGCGCUUUCACGAAGUGCGUUAA